AACUGUAAACCCAUUUUGAAAGGGUUUAUCUAUCCACGGUCCGAAGCUGUUUCUCUAUCUCAACCAGAAAUGGCAACCAUACACCAUCACCACCUCCGGCUCCUUCACAACCCAACACCACCAGCCUUCAAACCCAAAAUACUAUGCAAGAAUUCCAAAAACGACGCAGCAUUCGAGGAGAAAAAAUCUGGGUUCGUGGACUACGACAAGGGCAUACACCAUGUGUCCACUCAAGUGAGUGGAAUCAGGAAAGACCAGAUUCCUCAACGCUAUCGUAUACGAGUCCAAGGAGACAGGUUCCAGAAGGACUGGUCUGUUUCUCAGGUUGUCCAGAAAGUUCUUGAACUCGAUCACAAGUCUGAUGAUGUUGAAGGUCUCUUGAACCGGUGGGUUGGCCGGUUUGCUCGUAAGAAUUUCCCUCUUCUUAUCAAGGAGAUAACGCAGAAGGGUUCAAUUGAACACAGCAUUUUGGUUUUUCGGUGGAUGAAGAAUCAGAGGAACUACUGUGCCCGUACAGAUAUUUAUAAUAUGAUGAUUAGGCUGCAUGCUAGGCAUAAUUGGACUGAUCAAGCUCGCGGGUUGUUUUUCGAGAUGCAAAAAUGGAGGUGCAAACCAGAUGCUGAGACUUGCAAUGCUCUUAUCAAUGCGCAUGGUAGAUCAGGUCAAUGGCGUUGGGCUAUGAAUAUAAUGGAAGACAUGCUGCAGAAAGCUAUUCCUCCCAGUCGGUCAACAUAUAAUAACUUGAUCAAUGCUUGUGGAUCUAGUGGAAACUGGAGAGAAGCUCUGAAGCUCUGUAAGAAAAUGACUGAAAAUGGAGUUGGACCUGAUCUGGUGACUCACAAUAUUAUUUUAUCUGCAUAUAAAACUGGUGCCCAGUAUGCAAAAGCUCUAUCUUAUUUUGAACUAAUGAAAGGUACAAAUAUCCGUCCUGACACAACAACCCUUAACAUCAUUAUAUAUUGCUUAACAAAGCUUGGUCAAUAUGAGAAAGCCAUUGGUAUUUUCAAGUCCAUGAGGGAGAAGAGAGCAGAGUGCCACCCUGACGUUGUAACAUUUACAAGCAUCAUCCACUUAUACUCUGUGAAUGGGCAGAUAGAAAACUGUAGGGCCGUGUUUAGUACCAUGGUUGCAGAAGGUCUCAAGCCUAACACUGUUUCCUAUAAUACACUCAUGGGAGCAUAUGCUUCUCAUGGGAUGAAUAAAGAGGCAUUAUCAGUUUUCAAUGCAAUUAAAAAUAGUGGACUUCGUCCAGAUGUCGUAUCGUAUACAUCUUUGCUAAACUCAUAUGGAAGAUCACAAAAACCAAAAAAGGCAAGAGAAGUAUUUGAGAUGAUGAAGAGAGACAAGUUGAAGCCAAAUCUUGUCAGCUACAAUGCAAUGAUUGAUGCCUAUGGAUCUAAUGGUUUGCUUGCUGAAGCUGUGGAAGUUUUGCGUGAAAUGGAACAAGAUGGAAUCUAUCCAAAUGCUGUUUCAAUAUGCACUCUUUUGGCAGCUUGUGGCCGCUGUUCUAGGAAGGUGAAUAUUGAUGUUGUGCUUCAAGCAGCUGAAAGGCGACACAUUAAAUUGAACACAAUUGCAUAUAAUUCAGCUAUUGGAAGCUAUAUGAAUGUGGGAGAGUUUGAAAAGGCUACUUCUAUGUACAGAUCCAUGAGAAAAAGUAAAGUGAUUCCUGACGCUGUUACUUUCACAGUCUUAAUAAGUGGUUGCUGCAAAAUGUCAAAAUAUUGUGAGGCACUUGAGUUUCUUUCUGAAAUGAUGGACUUGAAGAUUCCUAUGACCAGGGAAGCUUACUCUUCUGUGAUCUGUGCCUAUAGCAAGCAGGGUAAAAUCACAGAAGCAGAAUCUAUGUUCAACAAGAUGAAGAUGGCUGGCUGUUGUCCUGAUGUUGUUACCUAUACCAUGAUGCUACAUGCUUAUAAUGCAGCAGAACACUGGAAAAAGGCCUGUGCUCUUCUUCAAGAAAUGGAAGAGUAUAAUAUCCAACCAGACACUAUUGCAUGUUCGGCUCUGAUGAGAGCUUUCAAUAAGGGAGGUGAUCCAUCGAAGGUUCUCAUUCUUGCAGAGUUUAUGAGAGAGAAAGAAAUCCCCUUAAGCGAUGCUAUUUUCUUUGAGAUGGUAUCAGCCUGUAGCAUAUUACGAGAUUGGAGAACAACGAUUGAGUUAAUUAAAUUGAUGGAGUCUUCAUUCUCUGUUGUUUCAAUUGGACUUCUGAAUCAGCUUCUGCAUCUUCUGGGGAAAAGUGGAAAAAUUGAAUCUAUGAUGAAGUUGUUUUACAAGAUUAUAGGAUCAGGUGCUGAAAUCAACUGCAACACUUACUCGAUCUUGUUGAAGAAUCUUUUGGCUGUUGGAAAUUGGAGGAAAUAUAUUGAGGUAUUGGAAUGGAUGGAGGAAGCCAGAGUUCAGCCUUCAAAUGGAAUGUAUUUUGACAUACUCUCCUUUGCACAGAAAAGUGGAGCCACUUAUUCUUCUAUCAUACAGGAAAGAGUUGAAUUGUUGAGAAGAAAAUCUGGGAAUGAAGUCUCGACAAGCAAGGUGUGA